UUCUAUCUUCAUCUAGUAAAAAUGGUGCUUAAUACUUCUACGGCAUGUGAAGGUCAACAUGAAGAGGAAUAUGGUGUUGGAAGAGAUUUGACACUCACAUUCAAUCAAAUCAAUGAUUUACCAUAUAUAAAUAGAGAACAAAGGCCCGGCGAACAGUUCACUCAAUGGGCAUUCACAACAUUGUGUCGACUGCUGUACUUUCUGAACACCGGAAAGCCCAAGAAGCUAACAAAGCAAUCUCGUCGAGAUCUGAGGAACUUAUGGGAAGAGCUUCAGGUCUUCAAAUUUGACUUGAGUUGGGUCGAGGACGAUUUUAUAACGGCCUUGGGUAUGAAGGACGAAGUUGAAAGAGCGAAGAAGUUGAGGGAGGAAAUGAACACUCUAGACACUCAAAGGAAGAGCUCGCUGCAGUGGAAGUAAAGUUUGAGGAAGCUCAACAAAAGGCAGCUGAUAUUGAACGGUUGAUUGACGGUGGCAUGGGUGAAAUUAUAGAACUAGAUUGCGUGAGCCUUCAUCAUACAAUAGUUUUCUUCGUAUCCGCUCAUUACUUGUUAAAGAUACGCAAGUGAAGGCAGAGUUCCAGUAGGAUAUAUUAUAAACUUAUGAAACUUACGGAACUUAUGAAAUGGCUUCGGCAUGGUCACAACUUUGGGUUUUCUGCUAUACUUUGUAAAGACUAGAACUACAUUGUUUUUUUUGUUUUGGUAACAGUUGGUAGUAAAGUUUCUUAGCUAUUUUGCUAAAGAUAUGCAAGUUAAGACAGAGUUUUGUCAACAUAUGUUAUAAACUUAUGUAAUGGUUCGACAUGUUUACAAUAUUUUGUAACAUGUUUAUGAGU